UUCUGUUUGGAUAGCUUAGUGAAUUUUUCAUAUUUAUGUAGGAAACUAUAUCAGUGAAUCUGAAAUUAGGAAAUAUAUGUUUUAUUUUAGCCAUCUUGUCUUCACAAAGACUUAGUACCGUUACUAUAAAAGAAAAUAUAAGAUGUCUUACCCACUGUAUUGCACACGAAUUUUUCCAAGCAGACUUUACUUUCCUUGGUAUAAUAAGAUAAAGAGACAACUGGACGAUCUCCAACAAAGAUAUUUCGAUUUACACGAGAAUAAAUGCAUUCGAAGUCCAUAUGAAAAUGCAACUCGAGACAAAUACUUCAUUUUGUGUAGCCAGCGUACAACAAGGUGUUCAUCAGUUAUCAACUCUUCUGUAGAAAAGGAAUUUAUUCCUGACGACGAAGAAGGAAAUCUCAAGAUUGAAUCAUUUACAACAGAGGAGUUUUUGCAAAAAGAAGACAGUGGAGAUGUGCUUGUCGUUCCAUACAAGAUAAGCACAUAUUUCGUCAACAACAAUAAUCUAAACUGCAAAAUAAUAGUUGUUGGAACUGAUACAAAAGAGUAUACAGAUGCCAACAAUAUUUUUCAAAAAGAACCAAAUAUCAAAGUCUCUCGUUUGGAAGACUUAAAGGAUAUAGCAAGUCUAACACUUGAAGAAAGUAUGUUUGAACCUAUGAAGUCUUAUGCUGAAAUAUUAGAAAAAACUUUACAACACAAUCGAAAAAAUGGGAUAAGAAAAGGCAAGUAUAAAACUGAAAUUAAAAUUUCCUAUAGUUGAUCACCGCAAUAGUAGAUACAUAUAAAUGAAAAAGGUUUUCGUUAAAUAUUUAUAAAACACAAUAACAUCGUUUAAAUGAAACUGCUUUCCUUUUUGUGAACUUUUUGUUUAUGUCUAUAUUACAUUAUAUUUGCCUUAUUUGUAGUC